AUGGAUCAUUGUAUGAAGUGUCCAGAAAGUCAUUAUGCAAACACAGAGAAGAACCACUGCCUCAAGAAAGUAGUGUCAUUUCUGUCCUAUGAAGACCCUUUGGGGAUGGCCCUCACCUGCUUGGCCCUGGGCUUCUCUGCACUCACUGCUGGUGUUCUUGGUGUUUUUGUGAAGUACCACCACACUCCCAUUGUUAAGGCCAAUAACCAAUGUCUCACUUACAACCUGCUAAUCACUUUGAUCUUCUGUUUUCUCCAUCCAUUGGUCUUCAUUGGCCUUCCCAACACAGCCACCUGUAUCCUGCAGCAGAGCUCAUUUGGAGUCCUGUUCACUGUGGCUCUCUCCACAGUCUUGGCCAAAACUCUUACUGUGGUUCUGGCUUUCAAAGUCACAGUUCCAGGCAGACUGACAAGGUGGCUAAUAAUAUCAAAGGCUCCUAACUUCAUCAUUCCCAUCUGCACCCUCUUCCAAAUUGUGCUCUGUGGAAUUUGGAUGAGCACCUCUCCUCCCUUUAUUGACUCAGAUGCUUACACAGAAUAUGGACUCCUAAUUAUUCUAUGCAACAAGGGCUCCACUAUUGCCUUCCAUUCUGUCCUGGCAUACCUCUGCUGCAUGGCACUUGGGAGCUACACUGUUGCUUACCUGUCCAGGAACCUGCCUGACACAUUCAAUGAAGCCAAGUUCAUCACUUUCAGCAUGUUGGUGUUCUUCAGUGUGUGGGUCACCUUCCUCCCUGUCUACCACAGCACCAAGGGGAAACACAUGGUGGCCAUGGAAGUCUUCUCUAUCCUGGCAUCCAGUGCAGGCCUCCUAGGCUGUAUCUUUUUCCCCAAGUGCUAUAUUAUUUUGUUAAGACCACAUAGGAAUGUGCUUUCUCAUGUCAGGAACAAAGCAUAUUCUAGAGGAAAAUUCAGUCUUACAGCUUAG